GCCAAUGCAGCCGCCAUCCACGCACAAGCAAAGAAGCAUGUCCCAUUUAAAUACACCCACGCAGCCCCAGCGCCCUUAGCCGAUCAGGGCGCGCAGCCCACACGCACCGCGGCUCCGGGCUUGGAGGUCCGCGCAGGUCGGGCUCCGGGAACCAGCGGAUCGACGCUCACAGAAGAUCGGAAUCCGACUCUGGUUGGGGGCCCGGGUGGGCGGGGGAGGCUGGGCCCCGGGCCUCUCUGGCGGACAGCCGCAUGAGGACGCGAGCGAAAUAGACCAGGGUGGACUUGCCAAAGGCAGACUCCUCGGGCUGGUUUGGUCCAUUUCUCCCGCGAAGAGUCGACAUGGCGAGCGACUCCCCAGCUCGCAGCCUGGAUGAAAUCGAUCUCUCCGCCCUGAGGGACCCUGCAGGAAUCUUUGAGUUGGUGGAACUGGUUGGAAAUGGAACGUAUGGUCAAGUGUAUAAGGGUCGUCAUGUCAAAACAGGACAGCUUGCAGCCAUUAAGGUUAUGGACGUCACAGGGGAUGAAGAGGAAGAAAUCAAACAAGAAAUUAACAUGUUGAAGAAAUAUUCUCAUCACAGGAACAUCGCAACAUACUACGGUGCUUUCAUCAAAAAGAACCCUCCGGGCAUGGAUGACCAGCUAUGGUUGGUGAUGGAGUUCUGCGGUGCUGGCUCCGUCACUGACCUGAUCAAGAACACGAAAGGCAACACACUGAAAGAAGAAUGGAUCGCAUACAUCUGCAGGGAGAUCUUACGGGGCCUGAGUCACCUGCACCAGCACAAAGUGAUUCACCGAGAUAUUAAAGGGCAGAAUGUCUUGCUGACUGAAAAUGCAGAAGUUAAGCUAGUGGACUUUGGAGUGAGUGCCCAGCUUGACCGAACAGUGGGCAGGAGGAACACAUUCAUUGGGACCCCCUACUGGAUGGCACCAGAAGUCAUUGCCUGUGAUGAGAACCCAGAUGCCACGUAUGAUUUCAAGAGUGACUUGUGGUCUUUGGGAAUCACCGCCAUUGAGAUGGCAGAAGGUGCACCCCCCCUCUGUGACAUGCAUCCUAUGAGAGCCCUCUUCCUCAUCCCCCGGAACCCAGCGCCUCGCCUCAAGUCUAAGAAGUGGUCAAAAAAAUUCCAGUCAUUUAUUGAGAGCUGCUUGGUAAAGAAUCACAGCCAGCGACCAGCCACGGAACAGCUGAUGAAGCAUCCGUUCAUCCGAGACCAACCUAAUGAGAGGCAGGUCCGCAUCCAGCUGAAGGACCAUAUCGACAGGACAAAGAAGAAGCGGGGAGAAAAAGAUGAGACUGAAUAUGAAUACAGCGGAAGUGAGGAGGAAGAGGAAGAGAACGACUCUGGAGAACCUAGCUCCAUUCUGAACCUGCCAGGAGAGUCAACACUGCGGCGAGACUUCCUGAGACUGCAGUUGGCCAACAAGGAGCGCUCAGAGGCCCUGCGGAGGCAGCAGCUGGAGCAACAGCAGCGCGAGAACGAAGAACACAAGCGGCAGCUGCUGGCUGAGCGCCAGAAGCGCAUCGAGGAGCAGAAGGAGCAGAGGCGGAGGCUGGAGGAGCAACAGAGGCGAGAGAAGGAGCUCCGGAAGCAGCAGGAGCGGGAACAGCGCAGACACUAUGAAGAGCAGAUGCGCAGGGAGGAGGAGAGGAGGCGCGCGGAGCAUGAGCAGGAGUACAUCAGGCGACAGUUAGAGGAGGAGCAAAGACAGUUAGAGAUCUUACAGCAGCAGCUACUGCAUGAACAAGCUCUACUUCUGGAAUACAAGCGCAAACAGCUGGAAGAGCAGAGGCAAGCGGAAAGACUUCAGAGGCAGCUAAAGCAAGAGCGGGACUACCUGGUUUCCCUCCAGCAUCAGCGGCAGGAGCAGAGGCCCCUGGAGAAGAAGCCGCUGUACCAUUACAAGGAGGGCAUGAGUCCCAGUGAGAAGCCAGCCUGGGCCAAAGAGGUAGAAGAACGCUCAAGACUAAAUAGACAGAGUUCGCCUGCCAUGCCUCACAAGGUCGCCAACAGGAUCUCUGACCCCAACCUGCCCCCAAGAUCGGAGUCCUUCAGCAUCAGUGGGGUUCAGCCUGCUCGGACACCCCCAAUGCUCAGACCUGUUGACCCCCAGAUUCCACAGCUGGUAGCUGUAAAAUCCCAGGGACCUGCCUUGACCGUCUCCCAGUCAGUGCACGAGCAACCCACAAAGGGCCUGUCUGGGUUCCAGGAGGCUCUGAAUGUGACCUCUCACAGGGUUGAGAUGCCACGCCAGAACUCAGAUCCCACCUCAGAAAACCCUCCUCUCCCGACUCGCAUUGAGAAGUUCGACCGAAGCUCUUGGCUACGACAAGAAGAAGAUAUUCCACCAAAGGUGCCUCAAAGAACAACUUCUAUAUCCCCAGCAUUAGCCAGGAAGAAUUCCCCUGGGAAUGGCAGUGCUCUGGGCCCCAGACUUGGAUCUCAACCAAUCAGAGCAAGCAAUCCUGAUCUCCGCAGAACUGAGCCUGUCCUGGAGAGCCCCUUGCAGAGGACCAGCAGCGGCAGUUCCUCCAGCUCCAGCACUCCCAGCUCCCAGCCCAGCUCCCAAGGAGGUUCUCAGCCCGGGUCGCAAGCGGGAUCUAGUGAACGAACCAGAGUUCGGGCCAACAGUAAGUCAGAAGGAUCACCUGUGCUCCCCCAUGAACCUUCCAAGGUGAAACCAGAAGAAUCCAGAGACAUCACCCGGCCCAGUCGACCAGCUAGCUAUAAGAAAGCUAUAGACGAGGACCUGACGGCAUUAGCUAAAGAAUUAAGAGAACUCCGGAUUGAAGAAACAAACCGCCCACUGAAGAAAGUGACCGACUACUCCUCCUCCAGUGAAGAGUCAGAGAGCAGUGAGGAGGAAGAGGAAGAUGGGGAGAGUGAGACACACGAUGGGACAGUGGCUGUCAGUGACAUCCCCAGACUAAUACCAACAGGAGCUCCGGGGAGCAACGAGCAGUAUAACGUGGGAAUGGUCGGGACACAUGGACUGGAGACCUCUCAUGCGGACACCUUUGGCACCAGUAUUUCCAGAGAAGGAACCUUGAUGAUCAGAGAGACGGCUGAAGAGAAGAAGAGGUCUGGCCACAGUGACAGUAAUGGCUUCGCAGGUCACAUCAACCUCCCAGACCUAGUGCAGCAGAGCCACUCCCCAGCCGGGACUCCCACCGAGGGACUGGGUCGUGUCUCCACCCAUUCUCAGGAGAUGGACUCUGGGACUGAAUAUGGCAUGGGAAGCAGCACCAAAGCCUCCUUCACCCCCUUCGUGGACCCCAGAGUGUACCAGACAUCACCCACGGAUGAAGAUGAGGAAGAUGACGAGUCCUCCGCUACUGCCCUCUUUACUAGUGAACUUCUUAGGCAAGAACAAGCUAAACUCAAUGAAGCGAGGAAGAUUUCCGUGGUAAAUGUGAACCCAACGAACAUUCGCCCUCACAGUGACACGCCUGAAAUCAGAAAAUAUAAGAAACGCUUCAAUUCCGAAAUACUUUGUGCAGCUCUGUGGGGUGUAAACCUUUUGGUGGGAACUGAAAAUGGCCUGAUGCUCUUGGACAGAAGUGGCCAAGGCAAAGUCUACAAUCUGAUCAACCGGAGGCGGUUCCAGCAGAUGGACGUGCUAGAAGGGCUAAACGUCCUGGUGACGAUAUCAGGAAAGAAGAAUAAGCUGCGUGUUUACUAUCUUUCAUGGCUAAGAAACAGAAUACUGCACAAUGACCCAGAAGUGGAAAAGAAGCAGGGCUGGAUCACAGUCGGGGACCUGGAAGGCUGUAUCCAUUACAAAGUUGUUAAAUAUGAGAGGAUCAAGUUCUUGGUGAUUGCCUUAAAGAAUGCAGUGGAGAUAUAUGCUUGGGCUCCUAAGCCUUAUCACAAGUUCAUGGCGUUUAAGUCUUUUGCAGAUCUUCAGCAUAAGCCUCUGCUUGUUGACCUCACAGUAGAAGAAGGUCAAAGGUUAAAGGUCAUUUUUGGCUCACACACUGGUUUCCAUGUAAUUGAUGUUGAUUCUGGAAACUCCUAUGAUAUCUACAUACCGUCCCACAUUCAGGGCAACAUCACUCCUCACGCCAUUGUCAUCUUGCCCAAAACGGAUGGGAUGGAAAUGCUGGUCUGCUAUGAGGAUGAGGGGGUGUAUGUGAACACCUACGGCCGGAUCACGAAGGAUGUGGUGCUCCAGUGGGGAGAAAUGCCCACCUCUGUGGCCUACAUUCAUUCCAAUCAGAUAAUGGGCUGGGGCGAGAAAGCUAUUGAGAUCCGGUCAGUGGAAACAGGACAUUUGGAUGGAGUGUUUAUGCAUAAGCGAGCUCAAAGGUUAAAGUUUCUAUGUGAAAGAAAUGAUAAGGUAAAUCCGUUUCAACUUUGCUUUAGUGUUUGCAUUUUAAGAGACCUCCAGGUACCUGUGAAAUCUUUAUUUUCCUUGAUGCUACCGAGUCACAACUGUAUUAAGGGAUCAAUAGGGUAUCUUGAGAUUCUGUUACCUGACUUGAUUCAUGUGAACAUUCAGAAUCUAUAACUCAUGCAUCCAAACCAACAUAAGACAUCUAAACUUUCCUUGUAAACUCUUAGUACCUGUUGUGGCCUGUGGGCCUCUGGUGAUUAACAACCAUUGCAGACUCUCCAAUGUGCUUAGAGCAGCUGGCCCAUCAUUCACCAUCUCACAGUGGGUCAGCCUCAUGGUUUUACCUUUAAGCCUUUCAUAGAGACACUGUUGGGACUUAGCUUUCACAUUCUAUUCACCCUUAAGUGUAAAACAUCUGACAUGUAGAUGAACUUCUAAAAACUGCCACUCAUUGCCAAGAAACAAAACCACAAAUUCAACUCCUGCCAUGUCCUGCCUCAUUCCAACCAUGUUUCUCCUGACAUGUCACAGGGGGGCUACAUUCGAAUGUAAGUGACCAUGUCUGUCCAGCAUGAUUGGUCACCCCACAGGAGUCCACUGAGGUGACCCUGCUCUCCCUUGCCCUCCCAGUAGCUAAUCUACAUUUGUGAGCCCAUGCUCUAAGACUAUAGUCAGCCUAACAACCAUGUCCCCGGGCAGCAGAUUUAAACACCUGUAGGAAGGAAUGUGGUGGGUUGAGCUGUUUACAUCUCCUUGUUCACCCCAGUUCCCCAGAGGCCAGACUGGUCUUCAUCCAACCCUGGUAAUAUGGGUCUGGAUUCUGUGACCCUGGCUAGCUGCUUCCGACCUCGUGUGAUCUAGUGGACAGCAGCUAUGGGAGACAAGGAUGGUUACUAGAAGACUCACCAGACUGUGUCAGACACUAGACUUAGCAAGUACGAUUCCAACACUUCUACAGGCCUAGAACCCAAGAGAUGAAAUGUCUGGGUAUGGACAGCUGCCCUGCCAUUCUUGACGACAUACCCCAGCAGGCCUCGGCCAGCCCAUACUCUCAGGCAAGGGCCUCUAAUUUAGUCCCUAAUGCACAGAUGGGACAACAGCGACCCUUCCUUUCAACAAACCCUCACUGUCACCUAUUUCGAGUCUCUGACCCCUAGAGUAGCCUUACCUUCCUCUGUAGCAUCAGCUAAAUGUCAAGCAAUUCCUCAAGCUUCUUAAGGAACCAUGAGGACAAAGUAGCACUAGGGACAAAUACUCAUUCCUCAGACCACAGACACUGACUGAUUGAAGGGCUAUUGCACAGCCCCAAAUAUUAUUUUCCAGGGGCAGUGGUUCACUGACAUUCAGUUCAAGCAAGUAGUAAUCUGAAUUCUGCUCACGUUUUUCAAGUCUUUCAUAAAACGAUUGAACUGACUCAGACCUAAUGGACUGUAGUUCCACUUAUUAAUGCCAUUAUCUCCUUUGGCUUAGGAUCUGCUAGCAUCAGCAUAGAGGCCAAGUGCCAACCCUGAAGCACCAGACUGGGCAGGCAUUCAACACCUUAGCCUAGAUAACCAUAACCACUCUAAUAUCUUUAAGUUUAAAAAUUGAACAUCAAAGUUGUACAACUGUCAGUAGGCCCCAAAAUGCUGCCCAUAAGUUUGGGAAUUAAGGGGUUCUCUUUCAUCUGCCUCCAUGUCACUCACGAGGGAGAGAAAGAGUGUCCCUGGACCUUUCUAGAAAUCGUCAUUGUCCCAGGCCAGAAGUCCAGCAAUAAAUAAUAAUCUGAGAAAACAUAAGGGCAGGAGGAUUUCCACGCAAUGCACUGUCUGAAAUGUCACUAUAAACACUGGCCAGGGAAACUUAACUGAAUGUGUUGCAAGGGUAGGACAUGUGGAAGAAAAUUGCUAUACAGUUGAAGAAGAGAAGGGGGAAAAAAACCCAUGAAGAUGCACUAACUUGUUUUUAAUUCCAAACAGGUAUUUUUUGCAUCCGUGCGAUCUGGAGGAAGUAGCCAAGUGUUUUUCAUGACCCUCAACAGAAAUUCCAUGAUGAACUGGUAACGGAAGAGCACUUGGCACUUGUCUUCAUGGCGUUCUCUCUAAUGUAAGAGAACAUAACGCAUGUGGACGUUUGCCAGUCUAGAGGCAGACUCAGAAGGCCUGGUUGAACACCCCGCUUUCCCGUUUCCUCUCCCUCCAUCCCUCCCAAUAGAGUCCCUCUUUCAGUGUUGCAGCCUGGUUGAGAAGGAGAGAAAGAGGUGGCAGGAAUGUCUGGGAGAUUCCGAGGAUGCUGCAUUGUCUGUGGACACAGUUGGACCUUGUGCCCUUCGGAGUUAGGGAUAGAAACAAACAUUGUGUGCUUUUAUGAUUAAGCUGUGUUUGUGCUGCCUUUUCAGUUCUUUUGGUCUGGGAUUUUUUUAAACUUUUCUUUACCCCCUUAUUUUGUAAGAAUGGGGAAAGAAUGCAUACUGGGAAAUUAGACUACUUUUUUUUUUUUAAAUUCUGUCUGCCUGCUAGCUUUAAGUAUAUGGUAUGUUGUAAAAUCUCCAAUUCCUGGUAGUGAGAGACAGCACAAUAAAUGUACCUUGUCUCCCUGUACUGAAGGCCAUAACCGCAUUGUCGGGUAAUUUAAGAAUUCUCUUGUCUUCACCAACCCAAGAGGAUGUUUUGUUGUUGAUGAUUUUUUUUUAAUUGCUACUGGCUAAUGAAUUUUUGAAGGAGAAGCAAAAUAGCUGGUUUUCUCCUCUCUGGGGAAAUAGAUUUUAAAUGGCUAAACUACUAGCCUUAAUCUAAUAAAACCAACUGCUAUGUUGUGAGUCUGGCAGGCCGUAUUUUGAUAUGGCCCUUUCUGGAUGGAGGGUGUUGAAUGGGACAGAGAUGCCACUGAGUUGAAUGGUCUCGUGACUGUGGAGGGAUUCUGGGGUGCCAUUGUCCCUUGAUUAUUAUGCAAGAGAUCAGGGCGAAACAUGGGAUGACAGGUGGGUCACCCCGAAGGAGCUUCUGAAAAAUGAGCUAAUAUGUCUAUGUAAAUACACAUGCGUUCUUUCUUCAAGGCACAAAGCGUCCCUGCUAAGAGGUUCCUUCGUUUGGGCUUUGUUAGGACUGAGACUGAUGGAGAUCUUUCCUGGAGCUGGAGUUAACAUGACAGCCAUGCUCUGGAAACCCAGCUCCUUCCCAAGGGUGCCACUUUCUCAAGAUAAAAACUGUGACAUGAAGAAUUACUAAUAAAAGUUUCUGAGCUGCC